UAUUUGCUAAUAUCACAAACAAUUUAAAACAUAAAACAAACAAAAAUUAAGCAAAAUGUCCACACAUCAAUAUGAAAGUUAUUCACAAAAGUUUUUAAUCAAAUCUUUCGACUAUCAAAAACAAUUUUCCCAUCUAUAUGCCCAUCGCUUGGCUGAAAUGACCAGUCUAAUACAAAAGCGAGCCAUUGAUCACUGGGGCACAGCGGUGCCCAUUAAGAAACUAUGUGAUUUGCGUGAAGAUACUGAGGAGGAGUGCAUCAUAAUUGGUACGAUCUACAAACAUCAGACACAUAAACCCAGCAUACUGAAAGAGAUCUCGGAAGAAAAUCAGUUGGCACCUCAGCCGCCGCGAGAAAAUUACUCUGACCCGGAGGAUAAAAUAAUAUUGGAAGAUGAGUUGCAGCGUGUACGUUUACAUGGCAAGGUGAGAAGUGAAGAAUUGGCUACGGGCAUUGUUUGCGCUGCCAUGGGUCUGAUUGAAGAAGAUGGACGAUUCGAUGUCCAAGAAUUAAUAUUCUAUGAAAGUGGCCUGCAAAAGCCGCUAAAAAAGAUGGAAACCGGUGAUCGUCUUUUGAUUUUAGUAUCUGGUCUUGACUGGGUAAAUUCACAUAAUUAUGUGGACUCAUUGAAUCUUUUUCAGCACUGGCUAAGAGGAAAUUUGCAAUGUGGCGAGAAAUCUACGAAUUUACGUUUAAUUAUUGCUGGCAAUUCGGUAAGAAGUUGUGAAGAAAAACGCCAGCAUUCGCUGCAAACAAAAUGUACAGACUCCAAAGAUACCAUAGAUGCCAUGAAGGCCUUAGAUGCCUGGUUUACUGCUUGGUCAAGCUCGUUAGCCAUAGACGUUAUGCCCGGACCUUAUGAUCCCGCAAAUUUUAUGUUGCCUCAACAGCCUUUUCACAGUUGUAUGUUUCCCACGGCUAGCAAACAUGAAAACUUUCAAAGUGUUUCGAAUCCCUAUGCCUGUGCUGUAGACGAGGCUUUGAUUGUGGGUACUGCUGGGCAAAAUGUUAAGGAUUUAAUACGUUGCACUGCUAUAGAAAAACCCUUGAAUGCAUUACGUUUUACACUUAAGUGGGGCCAUAUAGCACCUACUGCUCCUGAUACCUUGGCCUGUUAUCCCUACAUUCAUUCGGAUCCAUUUGUUAUGAAAGAAUGUCCUCAUGUUUAUUUUGCCGGCAACUGCAAAGAAUUUUCUUCUUCACUGCAUGAGGGUUCCAAUGGCCAGAAAACUCGUUUGGUAUGUGUGCCCAGUUUUGCCACAACACAAAGUGUAGCCGUGGUAAAUUUAGAUAAUUUAGAUUGCCAUGAAAUAUCUUUUAACUGUGGCCAAGAUGAUUAAUAAUAAAAUAAAACAACACAAACUAAAAUCAAAA